AUCAGUCCGUCCCGCGCCUGCACAGAAAUGUUAUCGCGAGGAGUUUUGAAUCAUUUUCAACAACAUUUUCCACACUCUUAUUUCUUUAGUGGAUGUUAAAUAAAUACUCAGUUUAAAUUCUAGAAAUAAUUAAGAGCUAAAUGAUUGUUGUGUUUGAUUUCCGGUCCGGAGUUUUUCGUCCCUGCGUCACGAGGACCGUCAUGCGGAAGUGAUUAGCUGCAAAGCAAAACAUCGAGAUUAACAAACAGCUGUGACAGUUGUUCAUAAAUCACUACUUUAUUUAAAAAGAAGAAGAAGAAGAGACAUGUCGUCGGAGGAGUUCGAGAAGCUUCAUGAGAUCUACAGAUCUCUUUAUGAGGAGCUCAAGUUAAUGCCGGACAGAGUGCUCACCUGUCGCGGAGAGGAGAGGAAGAGGCUGGUGAGGAGUUUCGAUGAGAGGCAGGGGGAGGCGGAGGAGGUGUUAGAAGGAAUGGAAGAGGAGCUGCGAGCCGCCCCGUCCUCCCACAGGAACGCCAUGAGCACCAAGCUGCGCAUGUACCGCAGAGAUCUGGGCAAGCUGCAGAGAGACAUGAAGGUCUCUGCUCCGGGCUCGGGCUCCAUGGCUGUGGGAGGAGGAGGCCAUCAUGGCAUCUAUUCAUCACAGAACCAGCAGAGUACACACCAGCAGUCCCAGAGAGCGUUGCUGCUGCAGGGCACAGAUGCUCUGAACAACGCCAGCCAGAGCAUCGAGCGGAGUCAGCGCAUCGCCAACGAGACGGAGCAGAUCGGCACCGACAUCAUCGAGGAGCUGGGCGAGCAGAGAGAGCAGCUGGACCGGACCAGAGACAGAUUGGUGCACACCGGAGAAAACCUCGGGAGAACUAGAAAGAUCCUUCGUUCCAUGGCGAGGCGGCUGGUGACGAACAAGCUGCUGUUAGCCGUCAUCAUCUUAAUGGAGUUAGCCAUUCUGGGCGCGGUGGUUUACCUGAAGUUCUUCCGGUGAUGAGCGACCCGUUCACCUGAGAGCGUUCAGAGCUCUGGAUCCAGGACUCUCUCCGGACUCUCUGAUCCUCCUCGAGCAAUAAUCAUGUUUUCUGCUGUGAAGGACGAUGAGCCUCUCUGUCUUUGAGGGAACGUUUGAACUAUUUAACGGACCAAAUCUACAACAUCUCCAUGGACAAACUGUGCGCUGACAUCUGCUGAUUUAUCAGAUUUUUAACGCCACGGACGCCAGACGCCCUGCAGGACGCUGCUACAGACCAGAGAGGAUUCCCUGCUAGGUUUUAUUAAAUGCCUUUCUUUCACAUGUUUUGGUUCUGACAGCGUGCAGCAUUAGCGAUAUAACCAGCUCCAUUCUCUUGUUUCCUAUCUGAGGGUCCUAACAGCCCGCGAGCGCCGCCGCAUUUUAACCCCGACGCCACGUUUCUAUUUUCCUCUCUGACGCUCUCGUAGACGGACGAGGAACGAGAGAGGAGAGCGCUCUCACUCCCUCUGCAGAGCUCGUUAGCUUGAUGUACAAAGUGGAGAUGACAGUGCUUCAAUAUCCACAUCAUGAUUGACAUGUUGACCUUUGACCUCUGUCAACACCGAAGGAAAAACUUCAUUUGGCUCACCGCGAGACGUUUACUGACGAGCCAAUACAAAGCACCACACUUCAGAUUGUCAGCCUUCAAAAUAAAAGCACCACAUUUCAGAUUAUCAGCCUUCAAAAUA